AUGAACCCCGAGCCGAUGGACACUGAGCCCAAGAGCAAGCCGGAGCCUGACCCCAGAGACGCGCCUUCAUCAAACAUAUCGACACCACGACCGGAACAGCGCGCAGCCUCGACUCCAACCAGAAAGGCAAAGCGCUCCAAGCAAGCACACAAACCCGCUGUGUCGGGAUCAGAAUCUCAUGAUCUCCCCGACGCAGGACCGAACCCCAACCCCGCAAUCGAAUACUACACAAAUCUCCCCGUCCAGCGAACCCUAGACUGGCAGACGGACAACAACAACCGCCCCGUGAUACGAGAGCUCACGAAUAACCUGUCGCGCCUGGCAGCGUUCGUUCAAACCCGCGGUACUGAAGCCCCCGAGCCCUGUUCGUUCUGCAGAGAGCAUCUUGGCGUGUGGAAGUCCUGUAUCAUAGGCUCUGAUACUACGGCCGACACGAAGAUUCAUGGGUCUUGCGCGAAUUGUCGCUUUAGUAGACGUUACACUUGUGCUCAUCGUAUUAACUGUGAGAGUUCUGAAGAUAUCGGCAGCUCGUCUGUUCCUAGAGAGGAGACUGAUCCGUCGUCUGAACCUGUCGCCAGCCAGGAAGUUCACAUCGCACGUCCCGUGUCGGAUGAAGAGGCCGAGCGGUUUCUCUUGCUUCUGCAGCCUAGCUCAUCUCAGGGCCAAAGUGGUCCCAGUAUCCAAGGGCCGUCUAAUGUACAAGGGUCUGGGCAUUCAAAGUCAGUUACAUGGACGAAGGGCCCAGAGCCUGGAAGUACUAUGACUCGUAUUACCGCAGCUUCUUCAGAGGAUGGCAGAGUGAAGUGUAGACAUGAUGGCAAAGCGAUACCCUUCCCCCUUAGACCCGAGGCCUUUCACAACCUCCCGUUGCUCAGACAAGCCCUCCUUGAUAUGACGCAGCACUAUGAUGUGAUAAGACGGCGAAUCGAGCAGAUUGAGGGUACGGAGCCACAUCGAAGCACGGUCAAUCCCUGGGAUCUUGUUAAGGGUGGGUGA